UGGACGCGGAGCUCCCGAGGCGCACUGAGGCGCACUGAGCGGCCGACCCGGAUGCUUGUGUCCUGUUUCUCCGCUCGCGGUUCCCCGUAAAGCAGGAAGAUUGCUUGGUGCGGCUGCAUCGGAGAGAAGGCUCGGGAGGAGGCGAAACUGCGGGACAGGAUGAGCGAGAAAGACGCGGCCACGGAGAAGAUCAUCACAGACGCCAUGGCCAACCCGUCUCCGGCCAAGAGCCUGGGCGACCCGGGGAUCACGCCGCUGUCCCCCUCCCACACCCAGAGCGACUCGGACCAGGUUCCCUCUGGACCCUCCUAUGUGGUCGUGGUCGCCAUCGACUUCGGCACCACGUCCAGCGGCUACGCUUACGCCUUCACCAAGGAGCCGGAGUGUAUCCACACCAUGAGGCGCUGGGAGGGCGGAGACCCCGGGGUGUCCAACCAGAAGACCCCCACCACCAUCCUCCUGACCCCGGACAGGAAGUUCCACAGCUUCGGCUACGCCGCCCGGGACUUCUACCACGACCUGGAUCCCAGCGAGUCCAAGCAGUGGCUGUACCUGGAGAAGUUCAAGAUGAAGCUGCACACCACCGCGAAUCUGUCCAUCAACACCGACCUGCAUGCAGCCAACGGGAAGCGGGUGAAGGCGCUGGACAUCUUUGCGUAUGCGCUGGCGUUCUUCAAGGAGCAGGCGCUGAAGGAGCUGAGCGACCAGACGGGCGGCGAGUUCGACAACAACGACGUGAGAUGGGUCAUCACCGUUCCCGCCAUCUGGAAGAUGCCUGCCAAGCAGUUCAUGAGGGAGGCCGCCUAUAAGUCGGGCCUGGUGUGUCGGGACGUCCCGGAGCAGCUGAUCAUCGCCCUGGAGCCCGAGGCCGCCUCCAUCUACUGCCGCAAGCUGCGCCUGCACCAGAUGGUGGACCUGGGGACCCCGACCACCCAGAACGGCUUCAGCCCCACCGAGACCGUGGGCGGCAGCAUGAGCCAAGCGUCUCCCGGCCACGCUAAGGAGCAUGUCCGGCGCAACCGGCAGAGCCGCACGUUUUUGGUGGAAAAUGUCGUAGGGGAGCUCUGGUCGGAGCUGGAAGAAGGAGACCGCUAUGUGGUUGUGGACUGCGGCGGAGGAACCGUAGACCUGACCGUGCAUCAGAUCCGUCUUCCAGAGGGACAUCUGAAGGAGCUGUACAAGGCAUCAGGCGGGCCGUACGGCUCCAUCGGGAUCGACUACGAGUUCGAGAAGCUGCUGUGCAAGAUCUUCGGCCAGGACUUCAUCGACCAGUUCAAGGUCAAGAGGCCGGCGGCCUGGGUGGACCUGAUGAUCGCCUUCGAGUCCCGCAAGAGGGCGGCGGCGCCCGAGAGGACCAACCCGCUCAACAUCAACCUGCCCUUCUCCUUCAUCGACUACUACAAGAAGUUCAGAGGCCACAGCGUGGAGCACGCCCUGCGCAAGAGCAAUGUGGACUUUGUGAAGUGGUCCUCUCAGGGGAUGCUCAGGAUGAGUCCAGACGCCAUGAAUUCCCUCUUCAAGCCCACCAUCGACCACAUCAUCCAGCAUCUGACCGAGCUCUUCGAGAAGCCAGAGGUGUGCGACAUUAAGUUCCUGUUCCUGGUCGGGGGGUUCGCCGAGUCGCCGCUGCUGCAGCACGCCGUGCAGACCAUGCUGCAGGGCCGCAGCCGCAUCAUCAUCCCGCACGACGUGGGCCUGACCAUCCUGAAGGGCGCCGUGCUGUUCGGCCUGGACCCCAGCGUCAUCAAGGUGCGCCGUUCGCCGCUCACCUACGGCGUGGGCGUCCUCAACCGCUUCGUGGAGGGCAAGCACCCCGCCGACAAGCUGCUGGUGAAGGACGGCACGCGCUGGUGCACCGACGUCUUCGACACCUUCAUCGCGGCGGACCAGUCGGUGGCGCUGGGCGAGCUGGUGAAGCGCAGCUACACGCCGGCCCGGCCGGCCCAGCAGGUCAUCGUCAUCCACGUCUACUGCUCCGAGAAGGAGGCCGUGGGCUUCAUCAGCGAGGCGGGCGUCCGGAAGUGCGGGACGCUCCGCCUGGACGUGAGCGGGACGGAGAGCGCCGCGCCGCGCCGCGAGAUCCAGACGCUCAUGCAGUUCGGGGACACGGAGAUCCGGGCCAUGGCCGUGGACGUGUCCACCGGGCGCACCGUCAAAGCCAGCAUCGACUUCCUGAGCCAUUAGACAGAGCAGGGCAGAGAGAGCCUCACACACACACACACACACACACACACACACACACACACACACACACACACACACACACACACACACGCACACACUGGCUCAUCGUAUUGAAUCUUCACAGAGUUAGGAUUGGUGGCAGACACGAAGAGGAAUCAGACAGUAACUGUAGAGUCCAGGAUCCAGGCUCGGGGAGAGAGGCAGUCUGGGAGGCCCAGUGAGUUUUCUUUCUCCGCUUCCUGUCUUCAGUCUAGACCAGCGCUUUAAAGACCUGCUCCGUCUGAUCUCCUGUCCCACAUGUCUCCUCCCGGCUCCAACAACCCUGGGUCUGACCUCCUGCUCCGGCCCACCGGGAGCUCGGCGAUGUCCUCAGGGGCGUUUCAGCAGAGACAGGGUCUCCAGGACCGAGGACCUGUAGGACC